GGACUUUCCACCCAAUCAGCCGCGCGCUGGAGUACCAUGCAAUGCUGAACUUUGGGGAACAAGCUAGCCCAUGAGUUCUUCUCCAAGUAGUAAUCUGUGGGAUUCUCCUGUCCGAGGGCAUCUCUGGUUGCACGGAUGAGAAUCUGCAUGGACCGAGGAUGGUUUUUCUCGUCGCCCAUGUCGCGCCUCGGCCUUCUUGGGGAAAUUGCAUUACAUCGCCCAGUGCAAGGAGUUGUCGUACACCGCAGCAUGGAGCGGGCCGAGCUCGCAAAAACUGCGUACUCCGGCUCAGAAUCGGCAUUCCAUCCACUCUCUGUCUUUCUUUCUGCUCCGGAACCGCGCCAAGCCCAGCAGUCUGUCGCUUCUCGCGGCAUUUGCCGUGGUGUAUGCAGCGUACCGUUUCUCGAGUGCGCUCUUCUCCCACGCGUGGGGCCAGCUGGUCCCAAUGGAUACGCGUGGACGGUGCUGCGCUCCGUGCUCGACAGCGAAGGCUCAGCGAGGGCUUGGUCGAGGAGGGCUGGGCCCAGUUCGUGGGGGAAGGGGUUCAUCCUCCAACGUGGAGCUGCUGCGGCGCUCAGACGACACCGUAUUCAACGCCCCGGAGCGCGCGAAACAGUUCCUGCCGGACAUCAUGUUCGGGGACAUCACGAGCAACCUGUACCACCUGGAGACCAUCAUCCGGUCGGACCCCAUCAAGUCGCUGCGCUCCCUCGUACCCGAGAUGCUCGAGGAGGCGCAGCUGGCGAUUCCCGAGCACCUGCCCCUCAAGGACGGAGCGUCUUCGGUCACGGUACCGCUCUUCCCAACACAUCGCGCGUCAGCAACCGCGCCAUGAUCGGCGCGCCUGGGUGUCGCAACGAGGCGUUUCUGAAGAACCAAGUCAGCGUCGCGGAGGAAGUCAUCCCCAUGUCGCAGGUGCUGAACCGGUUCCCCGCGUCGAACCGCAGACUCGUCUGGAAGGCGUUCUGCGCCACGCUUGGGGCCAAGGACAGCGCCGUGCGCCGCGUCAGCCCCUACGUGCAGGCCCGGAUCGACUACGCUCAGCAGGACAAUCCGGGCACGAUCACCCAUCUGCUGCUGCGCUAUGCGCCGGAGGAGGAUAUCGCGGAUGUCAAGAAGCUCGCUGCGCGCGUCAUUAAUCUCAAUAUGGCUGCAACACAUACCUCGUACGCUUUAGUGCCCUUGACUGGGAUUCCGGGGUCUGAAACACCUGCACAGUGGGUGGGGUCGGACGGUUCGCCAGGUCGUGGCAGCAGCCAUGGGCGCUGCAGCACAGGGAACAGCUCUGCGCCGGUUCUCGAGUUCUGUGGGUCCCUAAUCAACGCAGCCCAGUUUGAGCAGCGCGAAUCUGUGAUCGAAAUAAGACGCACAAGUUCUCCCACAGCAUUCCCAAGAACAGCACACUUUCCUGCGGGACCAGCGCCAGCCGACCUCUCAACGCAUCCAGACUAACCCCUGGAAUACUCCUUCCCUCAAUGUCGACUUCACCAGACUGCAGCUCGACCACGCGGAACAAGCGCUGCAGCGGAGAGCUCUUGCCUGCCCCCGUCAGGCCGACGAUCCCAAUCUUCUCUGCGACCUUGACUUCGAAGCUGACGCUCUUGAGCACGAGCGGCCGACCUUCCCGAUACGCCAUCUGCACAUCCUUGUGGUUCAUCGCAAUACUGUCCCACCGUGUUGCAGUCCUCAAUGUCUUCGACGAGCGGCAGGUUGUUCAGCUUCUUUCCAGUGGUCUUCUUGCGGUUUUCGAUUGCAUUAUUGAUCAACGUCUUCCAAUCGUCGUCUCGAGCAGCGUACGGGAUCGUGGGGUGUGUACGAUGAGGGCUAUGAGUUUUCCACGGGAGCGGAGCAAGAGGGAGGGCUUUCAGGAAGUGCGCUACAUAUGUUCACGGCCUCCACGGACCAGAAUUAGUCGAAGGAUGAGGUGGUGGCUGUGGAUGGUGCAUUGACGCGCUAGGUCCGGUAUAUUGUGUACCAGCUGGAGGCGUCAGGGAAGAUUGUGCCGGCUUGCGAUCGGCCGGUCGAGGGCUUGUAUGCCCCUGGAGCUGGGUAAUGGAAACAGUGCAAAAUAAAAUGCGGCUGACAAACGCACCGAAGUUCUCUGGUGCAGUACUCAAUGAGAAGGCUCGUUGUCUAUCCGCAGACAGACAUAUGAGUAUCCUGCUCAGUAUUUUCGAGUGCGCCUGCAGAAGAAACGGAGGACGGGGUGGAAAGCGGGAACGGGCCUGGAAUGGCAUUCCGGUGUUCCGGUGACCAUCAUGUGAUGGUGGCUGUGCAUUGCGGAAAGAGCGGGUACGCCGACGCGGGAUCAGGCAACCUCAUUCCGGUGUUCUGGUGGCUGUGUGAGACAGAAAAGACGGUACGCCGACAAUGUUAUUUCCGGCCACUACAGGCUCUCUGUCGAAUCUACGGAACUGUCCUCCCCGUCAGCUGCGCGCUGGAGAGCCAUGCAUGUCGAAACAUAGGGAUCCUCCUGUGUGAGGGCUUCUCUGACUGCACGGAUGAGAACCUGCACAGGCCGAGAAUGGCUUUUCUCGUCGCCCAUCUCCAAAAGCAGCGCCCCG